AUGUAAUAAUUUACAAGUCCGUACAAUGUAUCACAAUAACCAGAAGAAAUUAAAAAAUAAUCUACAUUUUUGAAUUUUAGUCUUGAUUAAGAGUAAGUUGCACAACCAAAGGAAUUGGUAAACAAUUCUUAAUAAGAUGAUUCAGAUCUAAUUUGGUCAAAUAAUCAAAAACCUGAAAUAUUACAAACUUUUGAUUUUAAUUUAUUAGACAUAAAUUAAGAGUAAAACUAAUCAUUAGCAGAAUAACCAAAUUAAAAUAGUAAUGGGUUCAAUAAUUUUUGGCAAACUUAAAAUAAUAAUUAAUUUAAUGCUAAUUAUCCUUAAACUACUCAAUUCUCUAAUUUAUUAGGCAAUUUUAAUUAAAAUAAUUUUGCGCUCUAAGAUUUAACUAAAAAUUAAUAAGAUGAUAUUAUUUAAAAUUAAGAUAUUUAGAAUCCAAUCAUUUAAAAUUAACCUAAAAGUGAUGAUCAAAAAAUAAAAGAUGAAUUUGCUUAUUGGAAUUAACCAAAAGUUUAAUCUGAAAGUUAACCUUCUUAAUAAGAUAUAGAAGAUAAAUUUAAUAAUUUUUCAAGCAAUUCAUAGACUGGAUGGGGAGAUUUUCAAAUUUUCCAAUUUAAUAAUAAAUAAAAGGAAUAAAUUGAAGAAUUCAUAAAUUUUGAAUAAGACAACAAUAGAAAUUAUGAAGAAAAUGGAUCUAAACUUUAAUAAUCAAUCCAUAAUUCUGAAUAGGAGGUUAUAGAUAAAUAAAAUAAUAAUUAAGAAGAAGAGAAUUCAGAUUAAGAGAAAAUAAAUGGUAACAUAAAGAUUUUGAAUGAAUAUUAGUAGGAGAACCCUUAAAAAAACUUUGAUUCAUAUGAAUAAAAAUAGAAUUCACUUUCUGAAUCAUAAAUAAUUCAAUAACCUUUAAAUAAAACAUAAUCAUUUGAAUUUCCAUCAUCUAUUUAAGUGCCUACACAUAGUAUUAGAGGAAGCAAAGAAGAUGAUAAAGAAUUAACUUAUGUUGAAUAAAUUAUGGAAUUAUUAAAACCUAAAAUAACUGAAAUUACUUAAAAUUUGAGUAAUGAAAUAAUAAAUAAUGAUUGUAAUUAAAAUUAGGAAGCACAACCAAAACUAUUUUAGGGAAUUUUGGAUAUCUUUUAAAAAGAGAAAAGAAGAGUGGAAUUAGAUUUACUGAACUAAUAAGUAUAAAUAAUAAAAGAUAUAGUCACGAAAUAUGAUAAUAAGACAGAAUAAUUAUAAGAAUAGUUUAUUAAAGUAAGAGAAGAGAGAGAACGAGAAAGAUAAAAAUCUAAUAUGAGUAUUAAUUCUAUUGAAUUAAGAAAGUCUCUAGAUGUAGAUUAAUAGAUUGAAGAAUCACCUAUAUAGAAUAUUUAAUUAUAAUAAAGUCCUGAAUAAUAAUAAUAUACACCUAAAACUUCAUAAGAUAAAGCAUAUAUACCUUUUUAAUUGAUUCAUCAAACUUAAUCUAAAUAUUUAAAUGAAAGCUUGAUAAGUUAAGAAAAUAAAGAAGAUGAUCUAAUUAAAUUCAAAACUAAUUUCGUUUUUUAAAGACAGCUUUUAAAGGGAUUGUAAUAUUAGGAUAUUUAGAAAUUUAGAAUAUAAUGUUUAAAUGAGAAAGUAAUAUUAUUAGAGACAGAGGAAUUAAUAGUCACAUAAAAUGAGGAAAGAAAUGAAAAUAAAAAGCAGGGAUAUAAGAUAUAAUUGAAGUUUAAGAAUAAAGGAAGAAAAAUAAUUUAAAAUUUAAUUGUAUGUUUAGAAGGGAAACAAUGUAAAAUAAAUAAAGUUAAUCUUAGUUAAAAAUGAUGUUGAAGCAAAUCCUUAAAGAAUAAAAUAGUAAUAUUUAAGUCCUGGUGAAACAAUAAUACAAGAUAUAAGAUUUAAAUACUAUGAUUAACAAACAGUUUAUUUGAAUUGUUAUUUAAAAUAUUCAAUAAAUGGCAACAGAGGUUAUUGGAGUCAAGGUUAAUAAGGGAUUUAAAAUUAAGAGGCAAUGUAUAUAUCUUAAAUGAAUUAGUAUAAUUAGAAUAACUCAUACUAACAUAAUCAGUAAGAUUGUAUUUAAUAUUAUAGAGAAAAUAAAAAGAACUAUUAAUUUAUUAUAGGAAGACCAGCAAAUAAAUUUUUCACAUAUCAUUAUUGGACUGUAGAAGAACUUAAUGAAUAUAAAAUGUCUUAUUAAAGUGAAGAAUUCGAAUUAAAACAAUUAGAGGAUUUAAUUAUAUAUCAUCCAUGGUUAGUGAAAAUAGAUUAAUAAACUUUAUGUGGAAAGAUAUUUCUUAGAUUAGAUGAAAAUGAUUAUGAUUUUGUUGUGAAAGUGUGUUUGAGAGGAGAAAAAGGAGUGAUUAAAAUGAAUCAGACAGAUAUGGAUAAAAAGUUAUGUGAACAUCUAUUAAGUUUUUUAAGUUUUCUAUUUGUGAAAUUAUACUGA